GUCGAAGAAGGCAAAUACACCAGCGUGUAUUCAUUCCGUCGAGACUUUGAACAGAUCAUGGACAAUGCUAUGGUAUUCAAUCUCCCCAGUACUAUCUACUACCAAGAAGCUGAGCUUAUCAAGGCACUGGGUAGUGUUUAUAUUCAGAAAGCAGCCGCGAGCCUGGGCUUACCCAUGUUUGUUGCAGAUGAGGAAAGAGAGCAAAUGGACGCAGGAGCCGAAAAAGCAUCGACGGCACUUCGCACAACAAAGCCGAAAUCAACAAAAAAUAGUAAGGCAAAUGGGUCCACAAAAGCGGCGAAGAAUAAAAGCGUCGAUGGAAAUGUUGGUAGAGUGAAAAGAGAAGGAAGCAAACCGAAGAAGAUGCCUGCCGAAGAGUAUCUAAUCAAUCCCUAUGGGGUGGCCAAUGUCAAUACAUAUGUACAAGGUGUGUGA